AUGGGUCUUAUGUGUGGUGACUAUUGCUUAUAUGAGUCAUUCUCACUGGAAAAAGGAGAGCUUGAUACUGACUAUGAAUAUGUAUCAAACCAUGAUUAUAUACCGGACGAAAUUAUUCAUGGCAUGUAUAAGCUUCUUGUAGGGCUCUCCAAUGUAAAAUCCCUUAGACUUUCCUCUGACGUGGUUGAGGUUUUGAUAAAUGCGGAAGAACUCCUACCUCAUAUACCUAUGUUCAAUAACCUGAAGGAAUUGGUAUUCCAUUGUUGCUUAAUAGAUCUUGACAGUGCAACGCUAUCGACGAUUUUGCAAAGAUCUCCUUGUCUUGAGAGAUUGCAAUUUUUGGGGGGGAUCACUUUGUCGUCAAAUUGUGAGGAAGAUGAUAAGAUAUUGGACCUAGUUCCUCCAUGUUUCUUGUCCCAUCUCAAGUGGAUUGGACUCGAUAGUUUUUGUGUGGAUAAGAAGUUUCUUUCUUCUUUAAAGAUUUUGCUCAACAAGGCUAUUGUCUUGGAGACAAUAGUUAUAUUUCUCUUAAUGAGUGAUUAUGAAAGGAGCUUAGAUCUGCAAGACAAGAUUUGUGAACAAUUGAUGGAGCUCCCUGCAGGGCCACAAAAUUGUAAAAUUGUUUUGGAAUGGUAUGAUUCCUUCCCUAAAAUAGGUAGGGCCAUUUUGGACGUUUUGGAAUGA